UAACGUUUACUUUAACGCUAUUCUUUGUGCUGUUCGAGCUUACGAUAACUUCAAAAACAGAUCUAACAUCAAUGUGAUGGCGUGGUUAGAAAUUGGGAUGGGAAUUUCCCAAGGAAUGUGAAUCUACCGGAAGUUGGACUGGAAGAAUAGUAGAGACAUUUCAGUUGCAGGUGACAAGAUGACCGCUGCUUCAUUAGGAAAUGACAUCCCAUUCCACCAGAUUAAACCUGAAGAAAUCCAAGUUGAAAAGAGUCAGAAAAUGCUGCUUGGUCAAGGUGGUUUUGGGGCUGUGUAUAAAGGGAUCUAUUUAGCUCAUGGUGCAAAACAAAUUGCUGUCAAAGUCAUGCACACACAAUUUAUUCCAGAGGGAGGGUUAUUAAAACAAAUUGAAAAUGAGCUGUUAAAGGAGGCAAAGAAUAUGUAUGCAGUUCGAAGUGAACAUGUUGUUGCAAUCUAUGGCAUGAUUGUUGUUCCUGAAGACAAAGAAUAUGCUUUAGUGAUGGAGUUCAUGGAGCACGGAUCUUUGGACAAUCUGAUGAAGAAAGUUGAUUACAAUAUACCAUGGCCAGUUAGAAUGAACAUGCUCACUCAUGUGGCUUCUGGUCUUGUCUGGCUGCAUGACAAAAAGAUGGUUCACAGAGACAUCAAAAUCCAAAACAUUUUGGUUAACAAACAUUUUGUUUGCAAGAUCUCAGACUUUGGCAUAGCAACUCUACAGAGGAUCACACAGAAACAGUUUUCAUCCAGAAGUGGUGGAAAUAAAGGAACUGUGACACAUACAGCACCAGAAUUUUUCCAAAAUAUUAGAACCAAGCCGAGUGAAAAGACAGAUGUGUUUAGCUUUGGAAUCACUCUGUAUGAGAUAGUGGUAGGAUGUUCCCCAUAUCCUGAUUCUGCAACGGAUGAAAUGAUUGUCCAAAGUCUCAAGGAUGGCAAUUCACCAUUUGAUGAAGAGGCCAUUGGCCAGCUUAGGCAACAGCGUUGUCCAAACUUUCUGAUUGAAUUGAUGGAAAACUGUGUGUUAAAAGAUGCCAGUAAAAGACCACUGUUUAAAGAAAUUGCAACAACAUUACACACAGAAUACUUCAUGAAAUAUGAACCAGAUUAUAAUUUAGGGUGUGUAGAACUUUACCAGAGACUCUGCUCACACCAGCCUGGAACAACCGGUCCAUCUUUCAGCCACGUGGAAGCUAAUGUCGAUAUCACAGAUGCACCUGUUCAGCAAGGUCCACAAACACAGGUGAAGACAGCUUGGCCUUUACAAGGACCCAGCAGCAUAGGUCAGCCUAGACCACCUGAUGUACAGCUCUCUAGUAAUUGGCAACAGUGUAUGGCAGGACCUGCAGUUCCACCACAAAGUCACUAUUCACCACCCCCAUCUUAUCACUCUGAGGACCCUCGAGCAAACCAUAACCCACUUCAUCUUUCAGAGAGAAGAGAUGUACAUCAAACACCAGCAGGGAGCACAGACACAACAAGAAAAGUUCCCUAUAACCAAAACCCCCACAACAAGUUCCAGUUACAUUCCUCAGAAUCAUUACCAGGAAAUGGUCAAUUUGGUACGUCAUUUCCUGAUCCAGGUAGAACACCUUCAGAUGUCUCAAGUAUUCAUUAUCCGCACCAGGAAAGCGGGAAACCCAAACCAGAGCCGCCUUUAUUUGAGGAAUCUAUGCAUAUUGGAGGCAGAAAUUUUCCUCAUGACGAACAAAUGUUCAGUCCUCCUGAUCAGACAAGUUCGUCUCCUUUAUUUGCAACCUCAAACCUUUCACCUAAUGUCGGAGCCAUGGCAGGUCCUGCAACUGCAAGAAGUGAGCCAAGAUCGUAUAGUCCUUCUGUACGUGAACAGCAAGCAAGGCUCAGGCAGCUAGCCCAGCAUGUCCAAGGAAGUGAUGUGGGAAAUAAUAUUGGAAGGUACACAAGGGAAUUACAAUCUUUGAGAAAUGACAUAGAAAUGAGUAAAAUGAAAGAUAAGAUAAGUGAAUUAGAAAAUGAGAAAAUGAAAUCCCAGAUUCGUGAAAUAUUUGAAAAACUUGCAGGUCAAGGAAGGAAUAUUUCACAGCCUUCAUAUGGAGUUUUGCAGCAAAAUUGUGUAAAUAAUUACCAGCAAAUUGUUCAGGACAUUCAGCCAAAAAAUUUACUGUCCUAUUUAAUUCAAGAUGGAUUCUUGACCAUCGAUGAUGCAGAUUGUAUUAAAUCCAAACAAAUACGCCGUGAUAUGGCAGAAGAGCUUCUUAACAUCUUACUUACUAAACCUGAAAGUGCCAUGCAUUGCCUUGCAGUUGCUUUGUGUGAAAAUGGACAGGGACAUUUGUCGUAUCUUAUUGACCCCAACUUUCAUUUCUAGAUUUUGUGAUGAUAAAACCCUUCCAACUGUAAAUAUGACUAGGAAGCCGACAGUGAGGUUUAGAAAAUCAGAACAACUUGAGGAAACUGUUAAAUGGUUAUGACAUGACCAUUCAAUUUUUUGUUUUAUGUUUUAGAGUAUUUUCACAGUAAAACUGUAAAUGUCACUCGAUUGCUGUAGAUAAAUGGUGCUUUUAGUGUAAUGAAAUUCCAUAAAUUUG